AUGAGGAAAUUAGAUAUACUGGCUUCAGUGGCUGCUGAAGCAUAUGAAGAAGAACGGAGACAGAGGAGACUGGAAAACAGGGCAGCCGAAUCUGUCCGAAACUGGGGCUGUACUUCUAAGAGGUCGGAAUUCCGAAACCGUCACCGGACUUCCAAGACGAUUCCUUUAUCCGGCGGCAAUGAUUACCACCUUCUUCCUGGAACUAGUGGGCUGAAAGACAAUGAUCAUCUUCUUCUUCCGGGAAUUAGUGGGAUGGAUUCGAAACCCAGAAAGGUUAUGGCCAUUAAAUUCACCUUGAAGAAAAAUCAAGUUGGGAUCAAUGGGACAGAACACAAUGUUGAUGAUACCCCAAGAAAGAUCGAGAAGGAUACAGUGAAAACAGAGAAACCAGAAGGGAUUCAUGCCAAUUUCAUGGCAGGAAUUCCGUCCCUGAAUCUACCCUUCAAGAAAAGAAUACGAUUUGAAGACAACUGCCCUGAGUUCACCAUCAAGAAAAGGAAAACAGGGCAUGAUCAUCAUCAUAAAGUCACCGAAAUUCCGACCCUGGAUUUGAACAAACCACCAAAAAUCAAGAAGGAUAAUGGCCCUCAUCCACCUCCUGAUUUGCCCGUCGGAUACCGAAACAAGAUCCUUGAAAGAGCUGGAAACAGGGAGGUCGGGAAGACAGUUCUGGUAAUACAAAAGAGACUGACAAAAACUGAUCUUCAAGGAAACCAGAACCGUUUCUCAAUCCCAAAAAGAAAGAUAAAGAACGAAUUCCUCAACAAUCCAGAUAAAGAGUUGUUGAAACAGCGUGACGAAGAUGGCCAUUGUAAAGUUCUUACACUUGAGGUGAUUGAGCCUCAGGACAGAGUAGAGAGCGUGAAUCUAAGAAGGUGGCUCAUGAACAAGGAGCAUGGAAAACCCAGUGUUUCUUAUGUGUUGAAUGGUGAUGGAUGGAAGAACAUUAGGGAUGGCAAUAACUUCCAAAUUGGGAACCUUGUGCAGCUCUGGAGUGUUGAACUUGAUAAAAGACCUUGCUUGAUCUUUGUUAAAUUAGAACAAAACUGA